AAAAUACCACCAAAGGAGCGCGCAUCAGCAGCUCUCCCGGCAGCUGGGGGGCUGAUGUCCAACGAUCCGAUGCGUAAAAGGUCCUAAAGACAACUAUUUCCAGGAAGACGCGCAGAGUUCUAUUUUUCUGUUGCGUUUCAUUUGGACAGAAAUGCGAUGUCGAGUUUAUUCGACUUUGUCUCCAGUGUGAGUCUUCCGCCUCUUUAGAAAGAAAAACAUUCCUCCUGUUUUGGACAAACAUGAGGAAGAGGAUUUGGAGACUUUACAGCUCGGAUCGUUGUUGGGUUUUUUCUGCGUGGAAUCACUGGUGCGUAUUUUACGCAACAGUCGCUUGCUUGCUGCUGGCGCCCGUCAGGGCGGAUGACACCUGUCCCUCAUCGUGCGUCUGUGCCAGAGAGUCGGGGAUGGUGAACUGCUCGCUCGGUACCGAGGAGACCGAGGUUCCGACAGAAAUACCGGCGUGGACUUCCACCCUGAUCCUCAAGGGGAGAAACAUCUCAACUUUACCGACUUGUGCGUUCUCUCCAAACGGCACAGAGCUGGAAGUGAUGAGACUGUUGCUGUCCUACAACGGGAUCCAGGCCAUUGAGGCGCGCGCUUUCCUUGGUCUCACCCGUUUGCAUUUGCUGGACCUGAGUCACAACCAGCUGGAGUCCAUCUCAGCGCAAGCUUUCCAUGGAUUACCAGAGUUGCGCUCACUUUACUUGAAUUCCUCCUUGUUGCCCUCUGCCACGGCGCAGCUCCAAAACGCGCUCAGCGCGCAAACUUUGCGCAGCCUCCACAGACUGGAGUUGGCAGGAAAUAAUCUGAAGUCUAUACCCCUGCAGAGAUUAGACAUUUACAACCUGCACGCCUUAGUGCUGGUGAAUAACUCUCUGGAGAACAUCGAGAGGGAGAACAUUAGCAGCUUGUACAAGCAGCAGCGCAUCCGCGUCUACUUGUCUUUGAAUCCAUUUCGGUGUAACUGUGACCUAGAGGCGUUUUACUACUGGCUGAAGAACUCCUCGCAGUGCCCGGAUGCUGCGCGCAUCCUGUGCACCGAGCCUGAGAGCAAGAGGGGCAUCCCUGUGGAGAAGCUGCGGGGGGAGGAUGUGGACUGCAUGAACGAGAACCUGGAGGCGGUUUCAUACGUGCUCCUGGGUAUAGUGUCGGCUCUCAUUGGAGUGGUGUUUCUCAUGGUGCUCUAUCUCAACCGGGGAGGCAUCAAGCGGUGGCUCAACAACAUCCGGGAGGCGUGCAGGGACCAGAUGGAGGUUUACCAUUACCGCUAUGAGCAGGACUCAGACCCGAGGCUGGCCAGCGUGGCGGUUUAACCUGCUGUAACAAGAGCCCAGAGCUGUGGAUGGAGGGGGAGAAAGAGGUUACAUAACCCCCAGGAACUGGUCCAUAAACUGCAUGUCUGAGUUUGGGACAUCCUCAAAGCCAAAGGCUGUCAAACUGUAAAAGACUAAACAUAUUUUCUGUAAAUAACUCCAGCAAGGUGUGCAUUUCAGCUGAACUCAUGUCAUUAAUCCCAUCAAUUCUGUGACAAAUGUACCUUUAAGAAUGGAGAAUGAAGUACUAGAAAAUGAAGAAACAAUUCAAGAUAUUCAUCUUUUAAUCCAUUGUGGUAGUGCAUGAUGCAAAUAAUAAGAGGCAAGAAAUCAGAAAAGGACGCAUUUGUUGGAGUGCCAUGUUUGUUUCAGCAGGCGUUACUAAAAUUACACAUUUACAUUACAAUUUUCCAAUAAAUAAAUAUAUUAUUUGAUGUAAGGGUUCCAUACAGAUUUGACCUUGCAUGCAACUGUAGCCAACCAAAGCUUAAAUAAAGGGUGAACAUAAAAAAGGGGAGUUAGCAGUGUUUACGUCACUACAUUUUAGCAUCACUGUCAGGCGUCGUUGGCUUGGUUUGACACUCCUGCUCAUUCAGUGGAUGAUCCAUUUUAUUUUUGCGUCUGAAUCGAAUGUAUCGUUAGAGUUCCGCAUAAAAGAGCAGCCUUAUCUGCUUUUUUUAUGGAAUACAGAGUGACAGGCGGGGUCAGGAAAGAUAUCACGACAAGACUGAGAUGUGUCGUCCUCAACAGCACUGCAACUUGCAGCUUAUCGCUCGAUAAAAUCUGUUUAAAAAUCACAAAUAUUUCACAACUAAAGCCAUGAAUGAAGAUUUACUUGAGGGUUUGUGUUACACAACCUCGGGGGUUGACAUUCCUUGAAAUAUGCUUACUUAAAUGCUUUAAUUUAGAAAUAUUUACUAAGGUAAGUAAGUACUAAUAGCAAUUGGGCAACAACUUUUAAGCAGAACUAAAAUUUGAUGCUCACAAACUGUAAUUAGGAAUUUACAAGCUAUUUUUGCUGAGUCAGCAACAAUGAACGCCCUUUUAGAUAACCGGAUCAAAAGGUGACCCUACAUGAGCUGACGUGCCACUGUUCUAUUCACUGUCAUUUUGUGUAGGAAGGCUAUAGGGAGAAACAUCGUCCACAGAGUCAUGUGAACGGAUGAGUGCUGUAUGCUCUACAUCACAAUCCAAAAGCUGCAGUGAAAAGAUCACGCGGACAAUUUUUCUCCCUGUGAAGGUUCCCAAGUGCAUGAAAUAAGGUAAAAGUAUACGUGGGAGUACAUCCUUUAU